GGAGAGUUGACGAUCUUCAUCAUUCGGCACUGACCGACGGCAACUUUAUUUGCACGGUUGGAGUAUUCGUUUGUGAAGUAUCUUCACACCCUGCUGAAAGACGACCCAAGAAAAUCCGGGGUAAUUGAGCCCGACAUCUUCUGGAUGCUCAUUGCCAUGCUACAAUACUGGGAUCAAAGUAAAAAUGCAGGUACACCGCGAGAUUGUGGUGGCGGGUGAAAGGGUGACAUAAGUAUGUGCUUGAAGCCCCAAUUUCUGGCAUUGAAAAUUCGGAUGAAACUGAGUUGGAAGCAUAUUGGAUAGAUCUCGUUAUCUUGCCGAAGAUGGCAUUAUUAAAGGAAAUUUUCUGGGUUUUGUUGCCUGCCUUUGCGCAAGCUGCCACAGUAAAUUAUGCAAUUCCAUCGACAGCAGCAGCCAGUGCAGCAAAACUUGCUCCUGCUCCUGUUGGUCUAUCUUUCGAAUUCUUUGCAUACCCAUCCUACUUUACCAAUGUUACAGCUACAAACCAAUGUUUAGCGAAUUUCAAAGAUUUGAGUGGAACAUGGCCUCCUAUUCGAAUUGGUGGUACCACACAAGAUCGUGCAACGUAUGAUGCAAAUACAAAUGCAUAUGUUGUUUACAGUGUUGCUUCAUCUGUCGAUGCACCAGCUUCAUUGACAUUUGGUCCUAAUUUUAUGAAACUUGCCUCUACAUAUCCCGGGACUGUGGUGCUAGGACUAAAUCGUGGUCAUAAUGAUAUCACAAAUACAAUUGCGGCAGCAAAAUCCGCAAAGGGUAGUAUGGGAAAUCUCAAAGCCAUUGAACUUGGUAAUGAACCAGAAUAUUAUACCAGUGAUGGCCAACCUAUCGCAUCUCCCUCAUGGACCCCUGCUAUUGAUGCCGCCUCUCAAAACAACUGGGACAUUCAAGUAGGAACAGCUCUUCAAUCCACAAAUAUAAUUCAAGCUGGAAACUCCAAUGCUUCACCACCUACAUGGGGAGCUGCUGAACUCAUCGCUAGUGGGAACGCCACUGUAAGGACUUAUGUGAAAGAUUAUGCACAUCAUAAUUAUCCAGGUGGCACUCUUCAGAGUUUGAUGAGCCACAGUGGGAUUGUUAGUAAUCUGGCACCAAUUGGAACAGAUGGUAAGGCAGCGAAUGCCGUUGGGAAGGAAUAUGUUUUGGGGGAGACAAAUUCCGUCUCCGGCGGAGGAGCUGCAACUGUCUCUCCAACUUUUGGGGCCGCCCUUUGGACCCUCGAUUACACACUUCAGGCCACAGUUUUGAACAUCACUACCAUAUAUUAUCAUCACGGAACCAUUGGCGCUUGUUACUACUGCUGGUGGGGUCGAUAUGACGCUGGUGCCCCUUACUAUGGCGCUUGGCUUGCAGCUGCAGCUUUCGCCGGAUCUUCUUAUAUCCAACAGAUCGAUUCCGGCAGUUCUAAUUACGGUAUUUACGUACUAUACAACAGUGAUAAGGCUCCAAUCAAAGCAGUAUUGAUCAACAGUGAUUGUUACGCCGGGACUGGGACAAGAGGAAGUGAGACAUUUGUUCUUGGGGGAUUGACAGCAGGUAAAGGAACAAAGGCGAAGAGGUUGACUGCGGGAAGUGCUUUGAGUAGGGUGGAUCAGGGAUCCAAUCCAUCAUUUGGAGGUCAAAUCGUCGCCAAUGGUACUUGUGUUAUUGGUGGAACGGAGACUUUUGAAACGGGAACAGUGGGAAGUACUGGCACUGCGAGCUUUACGGUUGCGGCGAGUGAGGCUUUGUUGGUUUAUUUUUGAGGGUAAGUCUGAGGUGAUAGGUAGUUGAGGGCUAAGCAAGCACGGCAAGAUGCAACAUGACAUGAUAGUCGAGUAGAAAUAAUCGAAUCAUAUUCGCAAUGACA